CAAGGGCGGUAGGACAAAAUUUUUCUAAAGGCCUGCCUGGCUAAACUAGGCGACAUGUCGAGUGCUUACCACCCCCCCUCCCCCCGUAUAAUAAUGGACACUCCCAUAUCGUGCGUAUCCAACCAGCUGGUUUCGUGUCAUCGAGCACAACAUUUAUUAAUCUUUUUUCCUCCUCCCUCUCACAUGCCGUGUGACAUUAAAUGCACAUAAAGAACACUUGCGGUGCGGUGGGGUCUCACUAAAGCAUUGACGGUCGCAAAGGGAAUUGAGUAGCGAGCUAAUUGCCAUUCCUCAUUGUUUGAUUUAAAUUUUAUUACUAGAGUCCUUUGAAUCGGCAAUGCUUUCUUGAACCCACUUUUCAUAACCCCCUGUUGUGAUGUAUCAAGGAUUUUGUAUAUUUGCAUUAUACAGUUUCGAGUAAUUUCGAUUUGAAGUUUUUUAAAUAUUGAAAAUUGCUUAUAAUGACAGAGUUGAUCCGAAUGAAACAAGAGAGUGUGAUGAUUAAAAAUCAUCUUGAGUAAAAUAAAAAAGUAAUUCAUUUUAAAUCACUAUUUUGAUGGGAUCCUGACACGAUCAAUGUAAAUAAUUUAUAUGGAAUAACACAAAGUUAUAAAAGUUUCAUGAUCUUUUCUUUAACUUAAUCAAUAUUAAAUCAGAUUAACUCACACACUGAUAACUGGAAGAUAUUCUUCUGUGCUUCGCGUGUCCAAACCUUCUGAAGAUACACCAAUCGAUAAGAGGGAAAAAAAUGCAAUGCACUCUGGGAUUGUUACUUUUCUUUGUCGCCUUCGUUGACCUGGUCAGCGGUAAUAGGCAUUGCCAUGGCUUCAAUGGCAUUCGCAUAGAGGGAUACGCUUUACUGUAUCACGUGAUUCAAAAGGUUCAAGUCCCGAAUGAUUUGGCCUGCAUCACCCGUUGCAAAGCAACAAUAAGUUGCUUUUCGACCAACAUUCAUUUCGGCCCUGGAGGUGUGGUCUCGUGUGAGUUGAACAGAAAGACACGUGAUCUCAAGCCGAGAGAUUUCAAAGAAAGGACUGGGUAUGAAUAUUACGAAAUAACGGAUUCUUCGUGCUGCAGUCCUCCUUGCUUCGAAACAAAAGCUCUUCAAGACGACUGGUAUCGUUUUGGUGAAACCAUGUUCAAAAUUUUCCCGCCAAAAUCUUGGACCAACGCGAAGUCACACUGCAAAUCCCUCGGUGCCGAAUUAGCAACCAUCGCAAGCGAAGAAGAAAACAAGUUUCUCGUUGACACAAUGGUAUUGCCAAGCAGAAAAUCGACUAAGAUGCCCGCCGCUUUAUACAAUCUGGAUGGGUCAGAAACAAGUGUUGUAUUGCACAAUGGAGCCGAGUACCGAGAUAUAAACGGGACAAAAGCUCUUUUUUUCAAUGGGGUAGGAGCCUUCGCCACAGUGCCAGCGGUCGACUUCCGUAGGACAAGCUUCACCAUUUCCAUUUGGAUGAUGCCAUUAACCCCCCCUGAGUCAUUCGCCUGCAUCUUUGCUGAUUGGUCAUGGCCUUGGCAGUUUAUAUCUCGCUAUACAAAAGAUGGAUUCAUUCGGUUUUUAGCACGAAGUAACGUUGAUUUUCUGAGCAAUUCUCUGAGUGUCAAAACGAAAAGUGCUUUUUCUUUUGGUUCUUGGAAUCACAUAUUGUUCUCGUGGAAUCGUCCUCUUAAAACGUUCGAAAUUUUCAUUAACGGGUUGCCUUGUGCCACGCAUGUAUCCCAGCACGCAAAUGUCGACAUGAAAGAAAACGACCACACGGUGUAUGACCUUGGCUUAAAGAGGGACAGCAACAACGAGUUUGUUCACGGAUACAUGAGGAAUCUUACUGUGUAUCGACAUGUUGUGGACACACAAGACAUACACAAUUCAGCUUGGAUUGGAUUGAAUGACCUCACGAACGAAGGAACAGCUGAAUGGGAUAACGGUAAACCGCUGACCUACAGUAGCCUGGAACCGACUGCAAACUCACCGGAGGCUGACUGUGCCUAUAUGACGUCACUUCCGGGAGGAGCCAAGCCUGUUUGGUAUAUGAAACUAUGUGAGGCGGAUAUGCCAUUUAUCUGUCAGAAAAACAAUGUCCCGUAAAUAGGCCAUUCACGCUAUAAGCAUUCGCGCGCACUCACCGUGGAAACCUACCUCAACUACCGUCAUGCAGCACGCGCUUAAAAAAUGCGCUUGCUGCAUUCUGGUAGUUGAGGUAGGUUUCUAUGGUAACGCGCGCGCAAACUUAUAGCUGGAAUGGCCUAUUGAGAUGCACAGUCAAGUUAUACACCUACCGUAAAUGAUAUAAUCAACGCCCACUAUCUAAGAACGCCUCCUAUCUAAUGAACGUCCCCCUCUAAGCCUACAACUUUAUAUUGAAGCCACUCUCUAACAAAGCCCCCCCCCCCUCUCCCUACCCUAUCCCGCUUCCCUUCCUACCAGCUUAAAAACAAACGACAUAGGGAUUUCGGUAAUAUAAAUAUAAUUUAAUUGCCUUCUUGCUUCAAUCAACUCUGGUAAGCGAGUACUAUCGUCUUGCUCAGAGUCACGAAGCGCUUGCUUCGCAGGCAAUUAUUUAACGUGAUCCUCAUUGAAACCCCACUGCAAUUAAAUUUGUUAUAUUUUAAGCCCCUCUUAAAUAAACGCCUCCUUUCUCUUGAAACGCUACCUCUCGGACCGACGCCCCCGGCGUUAUUCGAUCAUUUACGGGAUCUCAAAGAAGUUGCCAGGUGUCAAGACAAAUGUGAAAUGACAGAUCUACGACUGAAAGUUACUUAUGGGUAUUAAAUGUAAUGGAAAAUAAAAUGUCAUUACAGCAAUGACAGAUCAAUACAAUGAUGAUUGUACGCUGGCACAACAGAACGCGGGCUCUUGGAGCGAGAUUGACAUAUUUCUGUGUUUGGUAGAAAUAUGUUUCCCUUGUCGGUCGUAGAACUGCCAUUUGCAAAUCGCCUUUUGCCUUUUGCGCUAAAAAAGCUUUUCAAAACAGAUGCACACAAGAGAGCAUAAGAUAUUUUAUGCUCUCUUUGUACAUACCAUUGUUUUUUGUUAGGAAUAAACCUUUGCCUUUAUAUCAAAUGUCCUAUAUACUCGGGCAUUAUGGGGAUUUAAUUUGGGAUAAUAAGUAAAAACAAUUGACAACAGGCGACUUCUCUUAAUCGCAUGCCUUUUUGAUAGCAAACUCGUGUCACAAAUAACAUACAAAAAACACGCCAGAGAGCGACGAAUAAAUAAUUAAAUAUUUAAAUAAAAACAAGCCCUUUCUGAAUUUGGUAGCGCUGAAAAGGUUUUCUAUAUUGUAUUGUUAAAUUUGUUUGUUUGUUUAUUUAUUUACCAUAAUAAUGAUUGUUGUCAUAUACAUAUAUUCUUAUUACAAUUGGUAGGAGGACUAAACAAACCCUAACAGGCUUUUACAAGUAGUCCACCUUUCUAAAAGGAUCAUAUAUCUUUUCAUUAAAGGUAUCAAAUUAGCUACAUGCACAUGCGUAUAAUUUCAUGACAAAUAAGUUUAUGUUAUCUUGUAUCACAGCUCAUGCCAAUCAAGCAGAAAAGAAAAAAUAUAUAUAAUAUAUUUACAACAGGUUGAUUAUUCGGAGAAAAAUCUAAAAAUUGUUACACUCUAAAAUGUAAUUUUUGCAUUGCUUUUCAAAUAGUUUUGUCUCCAAAAGCCGAAACUCUCGGGAAUUUGCCACUUAAAAGUCAUGUGAUUUGAUAUUCGCCUAUAUUGUCUAACAACGAAUGUCACCUGCCGUUCGCUGUAACAACGUUUAGCUUACGACUGCUUUUAACCAAAAAUUAUGUAUCUAACAAGAUAGAUGAAGCAUGUACACAAAUGUUGCGGUACGAACCUCGUUUAAUGUGUUAGACCUUAGUCAUGUAACGGCGCAAUAAACUUGGUAGACCGUUCCAA